AUGUGGAGGCAAGUUGUGCUCUACUUCAGGACUCACAGCUACCAUGCAGAGAACUGUCAGGCAAAGGAGAACCUCCAAAAUGAAGAUGAAGCAGAUAUUAAAGCUGCGCAGUGGAUUUUCAAGCAACCCAUGGGAUCAGAGAGGACGGAGGUACGCAAACGGCAGAUGGCUACGACCCCGGAGACCCCAGGUGCUGCACAGGCUCAGCUCAGCACAGGAAAUCGAGGGUCCAAUGCCUGCUGCUUUUGUUGGUGCUGUUGCUGCAGCUGCUCCUGUCUUACUGUUAGAAAUCAAGAAGAAGAGAGAGCAAGGAGAACAUCUCAUGAACUCCAAGCAGAGGGCAUUCCAAACUGUGAGGAAAGCCCUGCUCCCACUCUUGAAGAAGUAAAUGCUUGGGCUCAAUCAUUUGACAAGUUGAUGCUUACUCCAGCUGGCAGAAAUGCUUUUCGUGAAUUUCUACGAACAGAAUUCAGCGAGGAAAACAUGCUUUUCUGGAUGGCCUGUGAGGAACUAAAACAAGAAUCCAACAAAAGUGUCAUUGAAGAAAAAGCAAGACUAAUUUAUGAAGAUUAUAUUUCUAUCCUUUCUCCAAAAGAGGUCAGUCUGGACUCCAGAGUAAGAGAAGUUAUUAACCGAAAUAUGCUGGAACCCUCACAGCACACCUUUGAUGAUGCACAGCUUCAAAUUUAUACCUUAAUGCACAGAGACUCUUACCCACGGUUUAUGAACUCUGCUAUUUAUAAGGACUUGCUUCAGUCCUUGUCUGAAAAAUCCAUUGAAGCAUAG